AUGUCUUCCGAAGAGAUCCGGCUUGCUCAGAAGUGGUACGAUCAGGAAUCGUUGGCGCCGUCGCAAAUAGCUCAACGUCUUGGCCGUGACAAGUCUGUCAUCACCCGCCUCCUCGUCAAGCAAGUUCCUCGUAAGAAGCAGGGCCGUCGACAGCUCCUAACCGAGCCUCAAGUCGAUCAGCUUCUACGUCGCCUGCACCAGAUGAUCGUCUCCGCCGAUGCGAAGUACCACGUGACAGUGCAGAUGUUGCGCAAAGCCACCAAAACCAAGGCCAGCGAGCGCAUCAUCUUGGAGGCCUUGCAUCGUCGCGGGGUCUACUUUCGGAAACUUCGUGAGAAACCCUUGCUGACUGCAGAAGACAUCCGAGCUCGCUUCGCCUUCGCCAAGCGCUACAAGGACAAGUCUGCGUCAUGGUGGAAUUGCAACGUCCAUGCAUUUCUUGAUGGAAAGCACUUCAAAACCUACCUGACGUCGGCUGCCAGGAAGAUGGCGGCCCAGCAUCGAACCUUCGGUGCCUACCGUGCUCCUGGACGCGGCUUGAGUGGUGGCUACGUCAAGCCAAAGAAGGGUCUGGCCGCAAGCACAGGCUCGAAGAGCUGCUUGGUCAUGGGCGCCAUCGGGAAGGGUAGAGUGCUGCUGUGGCAUGUCGUUCCCUCCGGCCGAUGGACUGGACAGGCUGCUCAUGCCGUGCUGGAGGACAACGACCCUACCGGCUUCCAGUCCAACAAGGGCAAGAUGGCGAAGUGUGAGAGCGGCAUUUCCACCUUUGCAAUACCUAAAAGAUCCCCCGACCUGAACCCCAUGGAUUUCUGUAUCUGGUCGGAGAUCAACCGGCGCCUCAGGCGCCAAGAGGCCAAGUGGUCAGCCGCAAAGCGGGAAACCCGGCCUCAGUACCUGGCACGCUUGCGUCGUACAGCUCGCAAGCUGCCAGAGUCCCUCAUCACGAGUGCCAUUGGUGACAUGAAACGUCGUUGCCAGAGACUGUUUGAAGCCAAAGGCCACUUUUUUGAAGAAGGUGGAGCUUGA